UGGAAGGCACUACUACAAUACUGGGUAACACAUCUCUCUCUGCCCCUCCAGUGAUGAUGGCAGUGUUUGGUGGAAAGGAAUCAUGUUUCAGCCAACCCAGUGGAAUAAUAAAGGAACUGAAGGGAAUGCGACAAUUCUCAAAUGUUGCUGAGCGUCUGAAGAAGAGAACAACUCUAAAACUCCUGGAGAAUGGAGAUAGGAAAAGACUAGUUGAAAAACAACAAAGGGGAUAUGAAAGAUUCUCAUGGGUAGAGGCCAAAGCUUCUGUUGAAAGAAGGGUGACAAAUCAAGGAAUCGGACCUUCAGACCUGGAGCUAGUUACAGAGGGAAAUUCUCGGAGGAAGAAUGUCUCAAAUAAGAGAAAAUUUCUGGGUGAUGGGUGCCAGGAAGAGGAGCUUACUUUGAUUAAGAAGAGAAUGAAAGGCAUUAAAGAUUUAUAUGGGGUGAAAAAAUUAAGAAGUUCAAAGGACGGAAAACAAAAGAUUGAGCCUAGGGUUGUCUCAUCUUGUUCUGCAUCAACAUCUUUCUCAUCUUCUUCCUCUGUUACAGUCUUUGUUGGUGAUAAAGAUAGUUCUGCCAGAUGCACGGCAAGGAAUCCAAAGGAAUCUCUUCAGGAGACGGAAAAAGCACAGGGUGACAACAGAUGCCAUCAGUGUGAGAGACGUGAUAGACAAAUUGUUGUUCGAUGCUCCAAGUGUGAAGAGAAGCUAUAUUGUAUCAGAUGUAUCAAACAAUGGUAUCCUCAAAUCUCAGCGGAAGAAAUUGCUAAGGCCUGCCCAUUCUGUUGUGGAAACUGUAACUGCACCACAUGCUUGCGUUCAAGUGCAAUGUUGAAGAGUUCAAUUAGGGAAUUCACUAGGCGAGAGAAGAUCCAGUGUACACAAUAUUUGAUCCGUUCCCUUCAACCCUUCCUUAAAAAAAUACUUGAAGAACAAGCUGAGGAGAUGGAGAUUGAGGCCAGAUUGCAAGGAAUAUCAUCAUCUGAAAUUGAUCUACCACAAACAAAAUGUUACAUUGAUGAGCGUGUCUACUGUAACAACUGCGCAACCUCAAUUGUGGAUCUUCACAGAAGCUGUGUGAACUGUCCUUAUGAAAUUUGUCUUAGUUGUUGCCGGGAGAUUCGUGAAGGGGCCCUUUUGGGAGGUGCUGAGGAAUUAAUAUUUCAUUAUUCAAAUAAAGGUACUGAAUACAUCCAUGGUGGAGAUCCUCUUCCUGGUUCCGGUGUUAUGAUGGUGCCUUUGGUUUCUCUCAAACCGUUAAUAGAAUGGGAAGUCAAUUCUGAUGGAUUUGUUCCUUGUCCUCCAAAGGAAUUGGGUGGUUGUGGUUAUCAUAGUUUGGAGCUUAAGAGAAUCCUUCCAAAAUUUUGGGUUUUUGACUUACACGUUAAAGUUGAAGAAGUGGUAAGGAGUUUUGAUGUUGAACGAUACCAAUUAAAGCAACAUUGUAAUAGCAGAACAAAAGAAAAUAUAAGGACAGCUGCUUUUAGAAAAGAUGCGAGUGAUAAUAACUUGUAUUGUCCAUCUUCUGAAGAUACCCUAACAGAGGAAGGACUAUUGGGCUUUCAGAGACAUUGGGCUAAUGGUGAACCAGUCAUUGUUCGCAAUGUGCUUGAACGGACGUCUGGUUUAAGUUGGGAACCAAUGGUUAUGUGGCGUGCAUUAUGCAACAAUAUAGACAUGGAGACUGGUUCAAAGUUGUAUGAAGUGAAGCCUAUUGACUGCUUGGUUAAUUGCGAGGUUGAGAUUAGCACUUAUGAAUUUUUCAAAGGGUAUUCUGAGGGGAGAACAUAUCAUAAUUCCUGGCCGGAGAUGCUCAAGCUGAAGGACUGGCCCCCAUCUGAUACAUUUGAGAAUCUUUUGCCCCGCCAUUGUUAUGAAUUCAUCAGGGCAUUGCCAUUUCAUGAAUACACAGAUCCUAGGGCUGGUUUGCUUAAUCUUGCUGUGAAGCUACCACAGGAUAGCCUAAAGCCAGAUUUGGGGCCAAAAACAUAUAUUGCUUAUGGAAUUCGUGAAGAGCUUGGAAGAGGGGAUUCUGUAACUAAGCUUCACUGCGAUAUGUCAGAUGCGGUGAAUAUUUUGACACACACUGGAGAAGUAACACUGAGUGAUGAGCAGCGCUCCUUGAUUGAAAAACUGAAGAGGAAGCAUAGAGCACAAGAUGAAAGGGAGCAUCUUGCUAUAUUUCAAUCAUGUGAACUUGUAACCGAUGAGGAGAAUGAUGAAUCUAAUUUUCCUGGGUUUCCCUUGGGAGGAAACCAUGAAACUGGUGGUGCUUUGUGGGACAUUUUCCGCAGAAAAGAUGUCGAUAAGCUGCAGGCUUACCUUAGAAAGUAUUCACAUGAAUUUAGGCACACAUACUGCUCUCCAGUGCAGCAGGUUGCUCAUCCGAUUCAUGACCAAAGUUUUUAUUUGACAUCCGCACACAAAAGGAAGCUGAAGGAAGAAUAUGGUGUUGAACCAUGGACUUUUGCACAAAGAGUUGGAGAAGCUGUAUUUAUUCCUGCUGGAUGUCCUCAUCAAGUCAGAAAUCUCAAGUCAUGCAUUAAGGUUGCAAUGGACUUUGUCUCACCUGAAAACGUUGGUGAGUGCUUCCGGUUGGCUGAUGAGUUUAGACAACUUCCCAAGAAUCACAAGGCAAGAGAAGAUAAACUCGAGAUAAAGAAAAUGGUUGUCCAUGCCAUCAGCCAAGCUAUUAAGGAUUUAGAAGAGUUGACAUCAUCCCAAAGAAGGUAAUGAGAUUCCUGCAAACUGAGAUAUUCUUGACCUAUAGUGAUUUUCUUUCAUUGGGGGUGACAGCAUAGUGAGUGUUGCAAUCCUUGGGCAUUGUAUAAUUGUACAUAAGCCAAAUGUUGCUUUUGUAAUCUCGAUACAGCCCUAAUGAAAUCAGAAUUGUUUUUUUUCUU